CUAAACACCGUAUUUGUCCUCGUUUCCAUGAAAAAGUUUUUUGCAUUACGUUCGGUGACACCGAAAAGCGAGAUCGAGAAGAUCCGAACUUUACUCCGGACUGGGAUGGUCAUUCUACCUUGUUUUUUCGUCAACUGGUUUUUCAGCGUCCUGGCUUUUGAAGAUGUUUUUACCGACAUUUUUCGAUAUGUAUUUGCCUUCACUAACAGUCUUCAGGGAAUCUUAAUCUUCAUGUUUUUUUGUGCUCUUAAUCCAAAG